CAGUCGUCUUCCUCUGCUACCUUGCGCGUUUCAUUCUUCGCCAACCGUCUCUGCAACCCUCCAACCUUCUCUCUCUAAAACCUUCGCGCUCAGUUCGUUUUCUGACACGCCUUCUUCCAACCACUCUCUCUCUCUCUCUGAACUUGGCGGAAGGAGAAAGGAUGAGAAAAACGGAGAAAUCGCUGGAAUCGUCCGAGCAGAAGCGACUCGACCGGCCUAGCUCCGUGGUGUGGGACUGCGGGAGCGCCCUCUACGACUCCUUCGAGCUCAAGUCCUUCAAGCGCCAGCUCGACUCCGCCAUCUCCGCCCGCACCCUGUCCAUGCCUCACCUCCCCGACCGCCGCGCCUUCCCCCUUCCUCCUCCUCCUCCUGCUGCUCAACAGCAACAGCAACAGCAACCGCAACCGAAACCGACCGCCUCGACGGCGGCGAAGAAGCACUCCCGGAUCUCGCGGUCCAUCCAGAAGCUGCUGCGGUCGGUCUUCAAGCCGAAGCCGAGCUCGCCCCCGGCGUUCGGCAUCGGCAAUCGGUACUCGAGCGUCGUCGGCGAGGGGCUCUGCCUCGCGUACGACAAGUCCGGCGCGCUGACCACGAUUCUGGAGUCCCCGGAGGCUGAGUGCCUGGGGAAGUUGUCGCCAGAGAUGGAUCGGUUCGUGAGGAAGACCGCGUCCGAAGAGGUUCGCGCCUAGUUCCAUCGGUAUCUCGUGUGCCUGACAAGCAGGGAGGGGAUCAAACCCGAUAGCGAGGACUAUACGAAUACGAAUAGGUUUGUGCAUAAAAAGUUUGUCAGUUGUCAGUCGGUCAAAUGAUGUGAGAUCCAUGAUCAUUUUGUAUAGGUUUUCGUUCAUACAUACAUGCGAUGUCAUAGAACACUUGACUGCUACUGCUGCCGCUAUGCUUUGAUCCGAUCAUUAAGCAGAGAAAUGAAGGAGAUCGUGGCCUGCGAAUGAUUCUAGCGAGGUGAUUUCACAGACGAGAUUGUUUCCGUCGGAUCAAGUAGCGAAAUGAAGACGAACGCAACGGCGAUGAGAUCGAA